UUCUGUAAUUCCCAAUGCUCAUUUAGAUACUACUACUCUUUUAUAUUUAUAUAUGUUUGUUCAUUUUUCGCAAAUUGCUCUAAAUUAUUUUUCUUUUCUUUUUGCUGCUGUUGCUUCACAAAUAUGACAGGGUCCAAGGUUACUAUGAAGUUAUUGAUCGACAGCAAAGGCAAAAAAGUUAUGUUUGCGGAGGCUGGCAAAGAGUGUAUUGAUUUCCUAUUUCACAUUCUGGCGUUGCCAAUAAGCAGUGUCAUUAACCUUCUCACCACCAAAGGUAUGGUUGGGUGCUUAGGGAACUUGUAUGAGAGCCUUGAGAAUCUUGAUAAGAUAUACAUUCAAUCAAAUCAGAAAAAGGACACCCUUUUAGAACCAAACUUAGCAGCCUGUGAUACUUCAAUACCUCUGUUAUUGAUCGACUACUCCCCUGUUGAAAAACAGUUUUAUAAGUGCCAUAGGCAUAGUGAUUACGUGACUGAUGAUCCUCAAAUGCGUUGCCCUACUAAACAUGGAUGUACUAUGAACUCAAAUAUGACCUAUGUCACACACCCUGUAGAAAAUGUGGCAGCAUCAAAUGGAGGAUUGGUGAAGGGGGUUGUCACUUACAUGGUGUUGGAUGAUUUGGUUGUGAAGCCUAUGUCCACUAUUUCAAGCAUCACUCUGCUCAAUCAAUUUAGCAUUAAAGAUGUUGGUGUUCUUAAAGAGAAAAUUGUUACUUUGGGAAUGGAUGAGGCUUUGAAACUGCUGAAGGCUUCGCUGCAGUCCAAGAGUGUGUUGACAAGUGUCUUCAUGGACAACAUAAACGAAUAAAUAAAUGUCUUUGCUAUGCCCUUUUUUGUUCUGGAUUUUGUGUUUUGCUCUACUUUCCUAUGUUGUUCUAGAUGGUGUCUUUUGCUUUACUCUUUUUGCUUGGUUUGUCUAUCUAUCAAGUGGAAUUAUGUAAUUUUAUAUUAAGUUCAAUCUUGUC